AUGCCGACAGAGUUAGAAGAGCUCGUGGGCUUCAUCGCUCAUCCAAACCCCCAAAUCAGGGCCGUCGCCAUAGAGAACCUCGUCCCGUUCUCAGAAACUGAACCUUCCAUCUUCAAAACUGAGCAACUCAAGCCAGUCAAGCACCUCAAGUUCCUUGUCCGGGACAUUCCGAAAAUCGCCGAACAUGCCUUGACAAUCCUCAUCAAUUUGACAGGAGACCAAGAAAUCCUCGAAUUUGUAGCGACAGACGAAAAGUUUCUCGAAAUGGUCUUCUCACACAUCGUCCAUCCCGAAGAGCCAAACGCAGACCUUUUAGCCAUGCUCCUAGCCAAUCUCUCCAAGCACUCCCACACCAAAUCCAUCCUCCACAGAACCCAAGAAACCCCCUCCCAGCUCUCCUCCUCCGACCGCGUCAUCGACCACCUCAUGGACCUCUUCGUCAAGGGCCAGGACGGCGCCUACAACAAAAAGGCAGACUUUGACUACCUCGCCUAUGUCUUCGCCGACCUCGCCAAGCACGCCGACGUCAGGCAGUACUUCCUCGCCGAGCAGCCCUACGACGGCGUCAUCCCCCUGACGAAGCUCAAGGUCUUUACGGAGCACAAGUCUGAUAUCCGCAGGAAGGGCGUCGCCAACACCAUCAAGAACGCGGCGUUUGAAGUUUCCGCUCAUCCGUCGUUUUUGUCAGACUCGGGGAUUGAUAUCCUGCCUUAUGUGCUUCUGCCGAUUACCGGCAAUGAAGAGUACGAUGAUGAUGACUCAAUGGACAUGCUGCCCGAUUUGCAGCUCCUGCCUCCUGACAAGAAGCGUGACUCGGAUACGUCCAACAUCCAGACUCACGUCGAGACGUUGACCUUGUUGACGACGACGCGGGAAGGCCGUGACCUGAUGAGGAAGGUCAAGGUGUACCCCAUCAUUCGGGAGACGCACAUGAGCGUCAAUGAUGAGGGCGUCCAGGAGGCAUGCGAUAGGCUUGUACAGGUUCUCAUGAGAGAUGAGGCGCCGGAAGGGGCAGAGGAGGGUACAGAGGAGCGCGUGAAGGAGGUUGAAGCAGAUGAGGAUGACGAGCUGGUCGAAGUCUAA